AUGAACAAGACCCCGUCUCCACUCGAUCCGAUGGUCAUUGCUCUGUCGAAUCAAGCGAUCGGCAAGCUGUCUGAGAAGAAUCCAGACGGGAAGAAAACCAUCCUCAACAAUGUUACUGGACGCUGUGCACCUGGAGAACUCACAGCAAUCAUGGGACCUUCUGGAUCCGGUAAAACCACACUUCUCGACAUUUUAGCAGACCGUAUUUGCUCAGGAACCAUCAAGGGCGAUAUCGCACUCAAUGGAGAGAAACGUGAUGCAAAAAUAUUCCGAGAUGUGUCGAGCUACGUCGCACAGGAGGAUUCUCUAUUAGGUUCUUUCACAGUUUUAGAAACGCUGCUGAUGGCUGCAAGAUUGACGAUGCCUAGCGGCACAACUGCGAUUACUAUCGUCCAGCGAGUCCAGAGUGUAAUUGACGAUAUGGGGUUACGUGUAUGUGAGAAUACUAUGAUCGGGGAUAUGUUCCACAAAGGAAUUUCAGGAGGGCAGAAGCGACGACUUAGUAUCGCGAUUGAAAUGCUGUCGGAUCCGUCCAUUUUACUGCUGGAUGAACCAACGUCAGGACUCGACUCUGCGUCGACAUACAACGUGGUGAAGCUCAUUUCUCGACUAAGUAAAGAAGGCAGGACAGUCAUCUGUACGAUACAUCAGCCAUCUUCGUUAGUCUACGAGAUGUUCGCAAACGUAGUGAUCCUAACAGCGGGUCAGACUGUUUACUUCGGUCCACGCACGAAAAUCCUAGGUCAUUUCUCCUCUCUUGGCUACAAUUGUCCGCCGUACCAAGACCCGGUGGAAUAUUUCAUUGAUCUCGCCAAUACUGACUUCGAAGGACAUGGAGAUAUCGACCAACUCAUUAAUGGAUACACUUCUAGUGCUGUAGCAGUUCGCAUUCUCAGUGCUAUUCGCUCGGACGCAGUGGGUGUCCAUGCUACAAGAUCAAAGAUAGGUACACAGUCGUCACCCAUGCAACAAUUUUCCGUCCUGCUGCAUCGAAAUUUGCUAAAUAAUGUGCGAAAUCCAGGCAUCUAUUGGGUCCGACUCGUGACGUACACAGUGUUAUCCACCAUGGUGGGCACGAUGUACUUAUCGUCCAAUCCCAAGAUCGUCGCCUCUGACAUCGCAUUACUACUGACGUACGUUAACAUCUACCUUGUCUUCCUCUCUAUCGCCGUGUUGCCAUUUUUCAUCGAGCAACGCGCAGUUUUCCUUCGAGAACGAAACAACAGCGGAUUGAACGUCUUCAGCUACGUGGCCGCCAAUUUCUUGGGUGCAUUGCCGGGUAUUUUCCUCAUUGCAUUAAGUUCAACGCUACUCGUCGGCUGUUUGGCGGGGUUAAAUUCCUACGGUGUGUUCCUGGUUGUGGUGUUUCUAUCGCUCGUCGUGGCUGAGAACCUCAUGCAUCUCAUUUCAGCUCUUGUGCCGCAGUUUAUCGUCGGGAUGGCGUUGGGAGCAGCCAUUUUCGGAUGGUUCAUCUUGGUUAUGGGGCUGUUUGUACCUGGUCCUGCAAUGCCAAACUACUGGCGAUGGGCACAUUCGUUGGGGUUUCUAUCCUACAGCUUCCAGGCGCUGCUGUUUAACCAAUUCCGCGAUGAUUUAUCGCUCCAGAGUCAAGCUGUGCUGGCCAAGUUCGUGCCGGAUGAUGUCCAUAUUGGUCGAGAUCUGGCAGUGCUAGCUGCCAAUGCUGUGGCCUUCGAGGCGGCGUUCGCUGUCAUUCUGUACAAAUUCCACACGGGUCGACGAUAG